UCAAGGUAGGUUUAAAAGUGGAACAGUGGUAAACUUUAACCAAAAUAAAAUGUGAUUUGCGUGAACUUGUAUUUCUGGAUUUAGGUCGCAAGGAGAUAAGAACAUAUCUAUCUCUUUAAAUUGAGGAAUGUAUUUACUUUGUAACAUGCGGUAAAGCUAUUAUUCAGUAGAGAUAGUGUAAAGUGAUUCAUUUUGUAACUUAUCAUAUAACUGAUUAACAGUUACCGAAUGCGAAUGUUUAGUCUUUGAUUAUGUUACCAUUUAAACUUGAAAUACAUGUAUAUGUGUGUGUGGAAUAUCAUUAAUUCAUGUAAUUUAUAGUUAUGUCGGAUAACAACUUGAAGGCGUGUGUAUAAUGAUCGGUUUAAUUCAUUUUCUUCUAGCAGCUUUGUCUAGACUGACUUUAAAACGAAAGUUGUAUUUAAAUUACAAAACAAAAGAAGUGAGCAUUUCAUAUUUAAAUCUACAAUUUACUACUAUUGGAGCUGAUGAAUUUAGUGAAUAUUUUGGGCAAUUAAACAAGCAUUAGUUUAAAAGGUGAUAAAAAACAACACAAACGGAAUUAUAUACCCGCAAUUGUGUGCAGUUCCUCUGGGCAUUGCAACCGGUUUCCUUCAUCUCCGGAAUUCGUCCCAUUCGGAAUAAUGUUGGAAAAGCCGCCCCUCCAAAUCGAGGACGUUCCAGUGACGAACCUUACCUCGUACCUGUUGGACAACAUCCGUAACCAUGGAGACAGGGUCGCCAUGGUCGACUGCACAACAGAAACAACAAUAACAUAUUCGGAGCUUAUCGCGCGCAUAGAACGAGCAGCUUCCGGUUUGCAAGCGUUUGGAGUGAGAAAGGAUGACGUCAUUGGAGUGUUGUCACCAAAUCAUCCUGACUACCUGGUAACGUUCUACGCAUGCGCACUGAUAGGGGCCACACUUCAGCCAAUCAAUCCGCUGUUUACAAAGGACGACUUGGCUAAAGUCAUCCGACAGUGCAGCACCAAGUAUCUGUUCACAGUGACUGAUUUACUACCAAAAGUUGAGGAGGCGAUACAGGGGCUCGAUCAGAUAAAGGUUUUGGUGUACGGGGAAGCCAAAGGAUACACGACAUUUGAGUCCCUCUUGCACCCCCACCAUGCCCCCUAUCAUGCCCCCGAAAUGGACCCAAAGACGUCAAUAGCAGCUCUCCUGUCUUCUUCCGGUACGACAGGAUUCCCGAAGGCCGUCUGUGUCUCCCACUACGCCAUUGUCACCAACACCGUCCAACAAAACUGGUUUGGGCUGAGCAGUGCUGACGAAACUGUUUUGACGUUCCUUCCGUUUUUCCACAUUCUAGGGCUUUCGUUAAUAGCAUACUUCGGCCACUGUUUAGGAGCCCGCCUCGUCAUCAUGCCGCGGUUUGAUUUCGAAACAUAUCUUAAGCUGAUAGACAAAUAUAAGCCCAAAACUCUAAUAAUGGUUCCUCCAAUCAUGGUUUUGUUUGCGAAAAGUCCGAAGGUUUCCGAGUACGACCUGUCGUCUGUUACCCAGAUCAGUUGCGGAGCUGCGCCCCUUAGUAAGGAAAUAGAGGACGUGGUCAAGGAAAGGUUGAAACUGCCAUGCAUUUAUCAAGGUUACGGUAUGACGGAGUUGGGACUGACCCAUCUGAACGGGCGAGGGGAGUUCAAGUACAAGUCUGUAGGCAAGUUAGCGCCACUCACAGAAAUAAAGGUAGUGGAAAUCGACAGGUUACGUAGAUGUUUGUAUGACCCGUCAAAUAAUCUUCAAGGCUGUUAG